GGAAAACUAAAAGACUCCAUCAGUAUGGGUGCUCCUGACACUCCUCUGGAGGAUAAACAAGUAACUGUUGCUUAUGGAUCAGAUUUGGUUAAUAUCAACUUUAUCAACUUCAGCUGCAAUUGUAAAGAAGUCGCUCAGCUGUGGACUGAAAAUUUGCUCAAAAUGGCUUACAAUUUGAUGGCUCUAAAUUCUCCAGCCACCGUCUUCUUGGAGAAAGCUCACACUAAAGUGCAGCUGUUGACGGACAGAGAUGGACGAAUACCUGUCAAAAAUGUCCUGAAAAUGUUCGCCCAACAUAAGGAUGAUAAGAAGAGGGUUGAGAAAGCUUUGGAAAUGUGUGGACUGCCAUCUGGAAAGAAUGAUACAAUUCCAGCAGAAAAGUUCACAAAAGAACUGUUCUUCACCUUUUACAGGAAUCUCGCCUGUCGGGACGAAGUCGACAAAAUUUUUGAACGACUCUGUGGUGGAAAGAAAAAAGGCAUGACUGUAGAUCAAAUUGUAGAGUUCUUGAAUAAAGAGCAACGAGAUCCCAGAUUAAAUGAGAUACUCUACCCCUACGCUAAUCCAGCAAGAGCACGUGACAUCAUACGACAGUAUGAACCAAAUAAGAGUAUGGCGCAAAAAGGUUUACUUUCUGAGGUUGGGUUUCUUCGCUAUUUAAUGGGAGAAGACAACCCGAUCGUCUCACUGGAGAAGUUGGACAUUAAUCUAAAUAUGGAGCAGCCGCUUAGUCAUUAUUUCAUCAAUUCAUCCCAUAACACUUACCUCAGUGGCCAUCAGUUAACAGGCAAAUCCUCCGUAGAGAUGUACAGACAGACAUUACUCACCGGUUGCAGGUGCGUUGAACUCGAUUGUUGGAACGGAAGAAAUUCAGACGAAGAGCCCAUUAUCACUCAUGGAUAUACAGUGGUGUCCGAGAUCCUGCUCAAAGAAGUCUUAGAAGCUAUUGCAGACUGUGCAUUUAAGACAUCAGAUUAUCCUGUCAUACUCAGUUUUGAAAACCAUUGUUCAACGAAACAGCAGGCCAAAAUGGCGAUGUACUGUCGAAAGAUUUUCGGAGACAUGAUAAUCACGGAGCCAUUUGGUACUCAUCAGUUGAAUCCCGGGCAGUUGCUACCUUCUCCUAGGCAGCUCAUGAGAAAAAUUAUCAUCAAGAAUAAGAAAAAACAUUUUUCCAGAGCUCCAGACCGUGCACAGAAAUCAUCUUCUAGAGAUGACUCUGGACAACCCAUGACACCGGAACGUACGAAGAGCUCCUCUGUCAGCAGUCCGAUAUCGGGGGACGAAAACGAUCCAGGAGGUGGGACGGAUGAUAAAAUAGAAGGAGCGGAAGAAUCUGAUACCGAUAUAGGAUCUGACGAAGAGGAACCGGAGGUGGAGGACACAGAGGAAACUGCCAAAGAAUCCGAGGCCGGUGCUGAGAUGUCGGCUCUUGUGAACUAUGUGCAACCAGUCCGGUUUCAUUCUUUUGAGUACGCAGAAAGACGCAAUAGAAGUUACGAAGUGUCAUCUUUCGUAGAGACCCAUGCAACCAAUCUGCUCAAGGAGCACCCAGUAGAAUUUGUGAACUAUAAUAAAAGGCAACUAAGUAGGAUUUAUCCCAAAGGUACUAGAGUGGAUUCCAGCAAUUACAUGCCUCAGGUGUUUUGGAAUGCUGGAUGUCAGAUGGUUGCCCUCAAUUACCAGACACUUGAUCUAGGAAUGCAGCUCAACUUGGGUAUAUUCGAAUACAACGGGCGAUGCGGGUACCUAUUGAAACCAGAUUUCAUGCGAAGAACUGACAGGAAGUUCGAUCCUUUUAUCGAAUCUACAGUGGACGGGAUCAUUGCUGGAACCGUCAGUGUUAAGAUCAUAUCCGGUCAAUUCUUAUCAGAUAAACGUGUCAGCACCUACGUAGAAGUCGAUAUGUAUGGUCUUCCAGCUGACACAGUUCGACGGAGAUUCAGGACAAAGACGGUCCCAAAUAAUGGCAUUGAUCCAGUUUACGAUGAGGAACCUUUCGUUUUUAAGAAGGUUGUGCUUCCAGACCUAGCCUGCCUGCGCAUUGCAGUCAAUGAUGACAAUGGGAAGCUACUGGGUCAUCGCGUUCUUCCAGUCGUUGGACUCAGACCAGGUUAUCGUCAUAUCUGUCUCCGUAACGAAUCUGGGCAGCCAUUGACUUUAAAAACGCUGUUCGUCCAUAUAACUGUCAAAGAUUAUGUACCUGAUGGACUAUCCGAUUUGGCGGACGCACUGGCCAAUCCGAUUGCAUACCAGUCGAUGGUGGAGAAGCACGCGCAGCAGCUGAUGGCCCUCACGGAUGAUUUAGACGAAGAAGACGACACGACGAAAGAAGACGGUGAAAAACGAAAAGUUUCACAGACCUCGAAAACUACCCCUAAGCCAAGUAAACUGGAAGAGAGGGGACGGAUCGGUUCUUCUGGAGACGAACCAGCGGGUUCAACGACUCAUACAGUUCAGAGGCAUAUGACUAUGAACGGUACAGUGCCCAAACAAGCGUCUGUGGGAUCUUCAUCGCCAGGACCAGUCAAAUCGCAGGAUACAGCUAGAAGACCUAAUCAGCCUGUUUCUAGUAUUUCCGAAGACACGCAGGAGAAACCGUUAUCGUUGUUGGAAUCUGAGGAAGCAAAUAUAACUGCUGAAUCUUUGGACAUUAUUAAACAGCACAAGCUCGUCCAGAAGAUUACCAACAGACUUGAGAAAGAGCUACAGGCACUUAAGAAGAAGCAAGAAAGGAUCCGUGAACGAGAAAUGGACAUCCUGCAAGCGAAAGAAGCGAAACUGCUGCGGAGUCAAGAACAUACUAAUAUCCGGACGCAUAAUAGGUUCGUCAGAAAGUUUUAUUCUCCGUGUUGGAAUCCUCGACGACAGUCGAAGCGAGUCGGUGAAGUAGAUAGUCAGAUCAUUCCUCCUGAACAACGAGCAAAGUUGGACGAACUACGUAAUAACUUUUCUCAAACUAUGUUGGCCUUAACCAAAGAGCAUUUACACUCCGAGAUGGAGAUUUAUUCCAAAUAUCAAGAACCAUUGUAUUCUGCAAUGGACAAAGCUAUGCAAUUAAUGCAAUCAUCGCAAGUGGAGCGCUUGCAAAGUCUUCAUGACAGGGAAGUGAGCGAACUCAUGAAACGUUUGGAUGCACAGACAAAAGAGGAAAUGAGAAAUCUGAGUAAAAAGCAUAAAGACAAGAAUGAAUUAUCCAGAAUUAAACGAGAAUUACAUCAAAAACUUAUCGAUACUGCGGUGGCUGAAAGGCAAAGGUUCAGCAGCUUGUUGGAAAAGAAAUUAUCAGAAUUGAAUCGGCAGCAUUCCAAUAUAAAAAACACGUUUGAAGAUGAAAGGACACACGCCCAAGAAAGAUUAAGAUUAGAAUACGAAGAAAAGUGCAACAAGGUGACAAAAGAGUUCGAGAAAAAUUCCUCUAUAUUUCUCACGCCGCCAGAAGUAGCAGAAAGUACGAAAUUAUGAGGUUUUUAAAGGAAAACGCCAGUUGUAGAUGAGAUUUUUAAUCACUUGCAAAGUGAAAGAGGAGGAGUUCUGUUUGUGAAAAACGGAUGUUCUGUUCUAGAAUCUCUCGUCUAGUUAUAUCUCCCAUCGUCAACAUGUGUGGAGACGACGGUUUUGAAAGCUCCACGCAGCUAAAGCAUCUCUCUAGGAAUGAAUAAGCGUCUGCCUUGAAUCACUUUUCUCUACAGUUUCCAUUUGUAUUUGACUUCACCACGUCUGUUUACGUGUCUGUAAUUAACCGCAACUACGAUCACUAUUCCAUUCCCGAUCUUUUUCUAGUCUGGGAGAAGCAUCACCACUCCUUUUAAUAAAUAAUUUGUGUUCUCAAAUAAAACGUAUAUCUAAAAAUUUGUGCUUGAUUUGACAUUUUUCAUUGUUCCUAUUUAUAUUAAGAAAGGAACUUUUAUGAGAGAAAUAAUUAUUUGUGAAAUAUGUAUUCUUGUGUAUCGUGAUUAUUCAUUAAUAACUGUUCAUUGGUAUUUCACUGCUGUUCAUGUUUCAUUGAUAGCAAUUUUUAGUGCUGACAUUUUUCAGCAGUAUCAAACAAUUGAAUUUAUUAAUUUUUAAGGUAAGGGAAAAUAUUUGAAUUAUUUUAAUGUCCUAUUUUAAUGUCUAAAUGCCGUAUAAAGAAGGAUCUGAGAAAUUUCAAUUGUCGCUUUUUCAGUUUUAUGAAAUUUUAUUUGAAAAUAUUUUGUAUGUUUCUAAAAUGUAUUUUGUAAAAGGUUAGAAGAUAUAAGAUUACUUGCGAAGCAACUGGCUAGCCCUUUGGCAAAAAUAAGAAUGUAAGAUUUUCGAAUAUAUAACAUAUGAUAGAUCAAAUUUGAUUUAAAUUAUCAAAGAUAAUUUUAACGAUGGACAUUGUAAUUAAAAUAAUAUUUUUUUAUAAUUUGUGCUGAAUUAAGCUGUGUAAAAGAAUUUUGGGGAUUUUUGGGUUAUACCUUGAAAAUGUUACAGAAAUCCUGAAAUUUAGUUUUAAAACAAAAGUACAUUUUUUUUCUUACGCUUUUAUAAGAUUUAUUGCAACGGAAAUCCAUGAAAUGCGUUUUAAGUGUUCUACAAUAUCUUCAAUUUUUCUCUAAAAACAUAUCCAAGUAUAAGAAAUACAUAGAAAUUUCAAUAGAUAAAGUGCAACUCUAUAACUUACAAUGAAUUUAUAAUAAUUUGCUUUAUUUAUUUAAACAGCUAUAAGAAAUAAGUCUUGUUUUGAUGUAUUAAAACAUUUGUUGCUAUAAAUUGCAUUUAAAUUUCGACAAUUUGUUUUCUCAGGUCCUGUAUUUCAAACUGUAUGAUUUUAUCCCACAGAAAAUGAAAAUCGCUUUAGACAUUGCUGAUAAUUCUACUCGUCCAAAUUGCAGAACUGUUUCUGCUUUUUCCUCUGAAAAUGAAUAUAUUUCCCUACAGUAUUUUAUGUGACUUUA